AUGAACACAACACGUGCGCUCGACGACUCAACCCUCCAUCUGCCACGGAUACUAUGUCUUCACGGUGGUGGUACCAACGCGCGAAUUUUCCGGGCUCAAUGCCGAGGACUUAUUGCUCAACUGAAGUCGGAAUAUCGUCUUGUAUUCGCCCAAGCACCGUUUCCGUCGCAGGCUGGAUCAGACGUUCUAUCAGUUUACAGUCAGUGGGGUCCUUUCCGGCGCUGGCUUCGAUGGCGACCAGAGCAUCCAGUAAUCCCACCAGAAGAUGUGGUCCAAGGGAUUGAUACGUGGCUGGAAAAAACAAUGCGUCAUGACGAUCUCGCUGGAGCUACUGGCGAGUGGAUUGCCCUCUUGGGCUUCAGUCAGGGCGCCAAAGUCUCUGCCAGCCUCCUCUACCGACAACAAAGCUGGGAAGAGUUCUUCGGCACCCGCCCGGCGGGGAUCAACUUUCGUUUCGGGAUUCUCCUGGCGGGGCAGGCACCUUUCAUAUCAAUGGACCCCGACUUGACAUUGAAGCCGCCACUACCGGACGCCUCGAAAAUCACCGACCUCGGACACUGUGAGCGAGAAUUAUUUUACGGCAAGGGUCAUAUAUUGCGAAUUCCUACGCUCCAUGUCCAUGGAUUGCGUGAUAAGGGACUGGAUCAUCACCGUAAACUGUUUGAGGAUUUUUGUACUCCACAAAGCCGGAGAUUGAUAGAAUGGGAUGGGGAUCAUCGGGUACCUCUCAAGAUAAAGGAUGUAUCACUUGUCGUGCAUCAGAUCCGCGAGCUUUCAAAGGAGACGGGCGUUGCUUAG